CGCUGGAAGUGACGCGGCGAGGGCGGGGCGCCGGCCUGAGAGGCACCGCCGCCGCCGCCUGGGUCGGGAAGCGAUGUAGCCGCGCCAGGCCGUCCCCCGAGCUGCCCGGCCCGAGCCUCGCGGGCCGCCACCGCCACCAUGAAGAAGCAAUUCAACCGCAUGAAGCAGCUGGCCAACCAGACCGUGGGCAGAGCUGAGAAAACAGAAGUCCUCAGUGAAGAUCUGUUACAGAUUGAGCGGCGCCUGGACACAGUUCGGUCAAUGUGCCACCAUUCGCACAAGCGUCUGAUGGCAUGUUUCCAGGGCCAGCAUGGCACCGACACUGAGAGGAGAUAUGUGAGUAGUGGGUGUGACUCGGGGGCCGUCGUUUUGGUGUCUCUGUGAGGCUCUGCGCCCUGCGGUCCCUUGGUUUUUCUCAAGCAGGAGCAGCGGUGUGGUCUGCAGAUUUGUACCUUCUGUUGCCAUUUACUCUCGUGCCACCUGCCUGACCAGAACAUUCUUUUGUGCUUAAGACAUUGCAGAGCUGAAAGCCCUGCUCACACUGAAUUUUCUCGAGGUGCUUUUAAAGACUCAGUGCGCCAUUUGUCAUUGAUAAGAUAAUGGAGAUGUCUGUUAGGAAUGCUUUGGUGGCAAAAAAGCUGAAAGGCUGUCUUAAAGGGACUUAGAAAAUGGAAAUAAUUUAUUGGCUUACUAACUAAAAUGUCCAGAAGCUGGGGUGAACUUGAGGUGAGGCUUGAGCUGGCAUUUCCGU